AUGCCACUUCAUUGGCCUGUCCAGGCAACUUUCUGCUUUGGCUCAAGUGUUCAGAUUUCUCUAUUACGCUGUAUCGCUUCCGGUGCUGUCUUCUAUGUAGAGCUUGGCUGUCCGGCUCUAAGAGUAGUCCGUAGGCAGGUCAAAUGUUUCAACGAGCGUGGCUAUGUUCAAGACGAGGCCUCCGAGUUGCAUGUCAUAAACAACACCGGAUGCAGCCCAGUGGCAGGGGAACCGCUUCUAUGA